UUAUCAUUUUAAUGAAUAAAGAUUUGUAUAUUAUUCUAAUUCUAAAAUUACCUUCAAAUUUCAUGGCUGGUAGUUGGGCCCUAAGCAAGAUCAAUUAAUAUGGCUUUAUUUCAAAAGUAAUCUUCCUGUUUGGAAAACAUAAAAUUAAGAGGAAGAAUUUAUAACUAAUAGCAUUCAAAAUAUCACCAGGACAACAUUUCUACAAAUAUUUGAAGAUGACUGACAGGAAUCGCAAGCGCAUGAUUAUUUGCGUCUCUUCUAGUGAAGAGGAAGAAGAAGAAGAAGGAGGAGGAGGAGGAAGCGAAAACAACGACGAUGACGAUAGUGAAUAUGAAGAAAUCAGCGAAGAUGCAAGCGAUUUCAGCGAAGAUGGUCCGGAAUCGGAUUCUGUGGAUGAAGAGAACGAGGAAGCUCUCUGCAGAAGAGUCAUUUGCUUUCUCAACGAGGGGAGAGAUUUAGAAGCUUUAAGUUUAAAAGAGUACAAAGCAUAUCUCCGUAAGCAUGGCCUCCGGCUAGCUGGGACUAAGGCAGUUUGUAUGGAAAGAAUUAAGAACCACUCGAGGAUAAAGGAUGGAAAUGGAGAAUCACUUUACCCUAGAUCAUCCUUUGUCUUUAAUUGUACAGGUGAUGUCUGUAAGGGAGAUGUAGUUCUGUUCACCCAGAAAGUUUAUGAGAAGUUUGAUAAAGUGACAAGACGUGGGAAUCUUCUUGGGAAGAGAACUGUAGCGGGCAGGGUAGUAAAGGAAAGUUAUGGUUCUGCCAAACAACAACAUACAUUUACAGUUGAAGUACUGUGGAGCAAGGGGGUAAAGAAAUUGCAUCCACUUUUUCCAUUGCUUGUGAAGGGCCGUAACCUAUACAAAUUAAAGACUUUCAGGCAGCCCUGGAAUAAUGAAGCAGAAAGACCAAAAGUCCUUGCUGAGAAGCAUAAACGAGGUACAGCUGCAAGACUUGUGAGAGCAAUGAAGAAAUCGAAGAAAGAAGUGUCUGCAACUGGACGACGGAGUGGAGGUGCGAAGCGUCAGAAGUGUUCCCGCCAUCUAAUUCUCUCUCAAACCAUAAAGAUGGACGAGACAGGGAACAGGCAGCAUGGUUCUGGGCAUAAAAAAGACACGUCGCGCCAAUAUGCACAAGUCUUUAAUCAUAACAAAAAGGUCCCACCAGCUAGACAACUGAACUCGAAGCGAAACAUUAGGUCAGAUGUUGGCUCUAAACCUACCCGGAGGCAUCUGAAACGUGGGCGCCUCAAUGAGGGCGCGGACCCAGCUCGUCAUGCCUUCGCUUACAUUCGCCAAAGUCCUUGUCAAUCGUCACGAAUAGCAUUUCACGACCGAACUGUACCAUUCCACUUUUCUGGUCAUGAUAUGGGCUCCACUUCCACUCUCACGAUGAUGCCUCCUUUGGGCCCUUAUGUUAAUACAGUUGGGCUUCCUGUUUCUCCAUAUCAGUGGGUUAACCAUAGAAAUGAAACACGCCAUGACCACUCAAAUCCUAGCUACAACAUUGGUAGAAAUUGGAGUCACUUCUCUGAGUUGACUGAUGGAAUUUACCAAUCUUCUCAGGGAGUGGAGACAGACAUAUCGACAGAGCAAGAAAGGUUUUCAGAGUUUUCAUCGAUGAGAUGACGUGACCCAACAUUUGGUACCCGAGAUACUACUGCCUUUUCUAGAAGUUAAAAUUACACAAACAGUGUUUGUAUUUUUCAAAUUUUGUUACUUUGAUGUCUGAAUAUUCUCUUUUGAUAAAUCAAGUGGUAGAAUAUUAAAAAGGUUA